AUGCCUCGAAAGGGCAGUUCCAAGGUUCGGACGGGCUGUCUGACCUGCAAGGCUCGCAAGGUGAAGUGCGACGAAGGCAAGCCGUGCUGCCAACGCUGCGUCUCCACCGGCCGCAAAUGUGACGGAUACGCGGCCGCUGCGUCGUCUCUAGGCCUAUCGUGGCACCGCCCGCGUCAUCUGUUCCCCAACAUCGACGACCAGGCAGAGAGGCGAGCGCUGCAGUUCUUCUGCGAUGCUGCUGGACCGUCCCUGUCGGGUCCGCUGAACCCGUACUUCUGGACCCACCUGGUCGUGCAGUUCAGCACCUUUGAGCCGGCCGUUAGGCACUCCGUCGUUGCCAUCAGCUCGCUGUAUGAACAACUGUAUGCGAACCCCGGAUCGGCACCGCCGCUGACACCGAAUACGCUCGCGCUCACCCACUACAAUUCCGCCAUCCGCGAGCUGAAGGCGAUGCGCAACGAGCCCUUAGUGCUAUUGGUCUGCGUUCUGUUUAUCUGCAUAGAGAUCUUAAUGGCGAAUCGAGACACGGCGAUCCAGCACUGCAAGCACGGGGUUUCCAUCCUGGAGAACGUCGAGGCUUCUUAUCCCUGGACGAAGGAGUACCUUUCCCCCAUCUUCCGCCGCUUGACCCUCUUCCCCUUCUUCUUCGGCAAGGACCACACGAGCUUCCCGAGGUUGGUCGGCCUCGAGGACCGCAUAGCGGUCCCGUUCCGCUCCAUCGGCGAGGCGCAGUACUAUGUCGAUGGCCUGGUGGCCAGAACGGUGCGGUUGGUUCGUCGCGCCGACAUCUUUCGGCUCGGCGACCUGCGACACUGUCCCGUGCCGCCCGAGCUCCUCCUAGAGCAGAACAAGAUUAGAGGCCUCAUAGGAGAUUGGCGCCGCCGGUUCUCUGACUUCCAGAGCCUCGAGUCGGGGCCUAGAAAACCAGAUGCGGCGCUUUAUAAUGUGACGUUGCGUUUUGAGAUUGCCUACAUCUGGGCCGAGGUGGCGUUCGACCAAGACGAGACGGCAUAUGAUAAGUUCCUCGGUAGAUUCCGAUGGAUGGUUAGCCAGGCGGCGGAACUACUUGCGUCCCGAGAGUCAUCUGGUCGCGGCGAGUCUCGAAAGAUGCCGCACUUCACCUUCGAGAUGGGGUUUGUUCCACUGCUCUACUACGUCGUUCUGAAGUGCCGGUGUUUGACGACCAGGGUCCAGGCGCUUUCGCUAAUUAAGCAGCUGGGAGCACCACGAGAAAAUCUCUGGGAGGUGUCUGCCGUGCACGCAUCGGCUCGCCGGGUUGUCGAGAUCGAGCACGGCGUCGUGCUAGACGAGGCCGACCAGCCUUCGGGCCCGGCCCGUUGGCCUGACCUGCCUCCAGACGAGGUAAGGGUGCGCGACUCCACCAUGGACCGCCAGGCCACGGUGCAUACGGAGGUCCGGGGUAGGAUGGUUGGCUUCUUUAGGAGGACGACCGAGGGCAACAUCUAUGUCCAAAGAGAAUACGUUGUGGAGACGACGUAAUACCAAAGCAAGGAGUGAUGCUGUAUCGAAGCCCUGCGGACGUAGUGUGUGCCGAACCAGCCCGUCGAGCCUUCGAAGGUGAAUAGAUACGUCGAUCAGUCGCCAUGAACUUCCCGGAAUGCCUGGAGUAUCCGGGAGUAUCCUGUCAGGGGGGUGUUGUGGGGACCCCAAUGGGACGGGUUGCCGAAGAGCGGAAAGGAUUCGAGAGGCUCAGAGACCCGACCGAUCAGAUUAUGGAGGGAUGCAUGCCGGCUCUCGAGAGGUGGGUAGAUUUUUGACGCCUCGCCGACUCUGGGCUUCUGUAACGUUUCAACGCGCAACCGACUAGUUACCGAACGUACACCCGUUCACAUACCUACAUCCGGACAUCCUACCUACAGAGAACACGCCCCUAAUGCGCCCAUAGGCGAGGAUCACCGAGCGAAAUUGCCUGUUUUAGAUGCCCAGACUGUGGCGUACUCCAGGCCAUGGCGGUAUUGGCUCAGCUCGCGCAGUUCGAUAC